AUGUUCGGCAUCGACGCCGACGCCGACGCCAGCGCAGGCCGGAGGAGGCAGAGGCGCAUGAGCGAGUGGUGCGCAGCUGCCCAGGGCAGGCUGCCCUGCCAGGGGCCCAAGCAGACCCGCCGCAGGGCCGCGCCCCGCCGCCGGGGCCCCGCGCUGGGCGGGCGCGCCGCGCCCCUCGGCCGCGCCAGGCGGGUCCGAAGCUGCCCUGCUGCCCUCGGCCGAGCUGGGCGCCCGCCCGCGCAGGGCGCGCCAGAGCUGCCUGCGCGACAGAGGGGCCGACGGGUCCCCGCGGGCGCGCGGCCAGCGCCGCCGCAGCGAAUGCAUCACUAUGUACUUAGCGGUCUUCCGCCGCAAACGACUGUAUAA